AACACGUGGUGACACCCUUCUUUCCAGUGAGUUUCCACCAGGCGCACAUUAAAGCACUCACGUUUUGGCGCGCAACCUGUGUCGGCCCAGGAACCCACGACGAGUGCCACACCACCCGCACAGAUGACUGGAAGCACUCUCGACCUCUGUUCGUUGCGUUGCCUUUAUCAGACUCGACUCGAUACCUUCUGGAGUCCGCGCUAAACUGGAGCAGGCAAGAUGAAAAAUAUAUCCAAGAUCACUGUCGCCGGCCGUUCAGUUAUCAGCGGAUGGUUGAACCGGUCGGAUGGGGUCUCGGAUCGAACUUCCGGGCGUGAACUCUCGUAACGGCGCGGUUUCAAAGUGGUGUGUGACGGCAAGUCCUUCUGCUAUUAGGGGGACGUUGAAGAUAUGGUCCGUGGAGAGGAAAGCUUCUUCGCACGACAAACGAGUCUGCUCGACUCAAGUGAAUUAGGGAUGAAAGUGAUGAUAUGUGAGUGAGUUUCCUGAAGGAUGCAGAGAUGAAAAAUGAAGAAACGAUGAUGAGUGGAGCUUGAUAGCUCAACCAGAAGGAAGUCCGGGGGAUUAUACUCCAUCCGGAAGAUGCUUUCACUUGUUGAUUGAUUUUUAUGAAAUUGAUGUCCCUCCCCCUCAAGUUCGUUCGUUUGUCGAGAUUUACGAGUGUUGCUUGGAGAUUGGAUUAAAGAGGUGUUCUUUAUUCGAGAGAUUCCAUCAUAUCACAGAGUGGAGGAGAGGUUUUGAACCUGAAGAUUGUUCUUAUCUUAUCGAGGCACACAACAACGUGUAGAAGAGGUGGCUGUUUGCGGUGUUGAUUGAACCUCGGAGCUAAGCAGAGAUUUCAGAUUCUAAUCUUGGAUCACCGUGGCGUCGUCGUCAUCACCGUUCGUUGUCUGCAGAUAUUAUCUUACCUGGAGCGAGAUAAGACGCUCAUUUCGGAGAAUUGCCCUCCUCACUUGAUCUGGAGCGACAAAGUGUGGUUGAAAAAGGUUGCGUGCCAAAGUGAAUGUGCACCCCAGUGAUUGGGUUAAUUGAAUGAAUCAUGAUGGUUUUCGUGCAGCUAUGAAUGAAAAAAAUAGUGAGGGCGGAAGAAUGUGCUGCAUCCAAGCUGGUUAAGUUGUUUUAGUGUAGAGUUUGACCUGAAGUGUAUACGAGUGGAGCUUGGGAACUAAAGUGCAAUCACUGCUGAGUAUUUUCGGAGAAAGAAACUGAAAAAGGUAGUGUAAACCCAAGUCAGUGUUCCAAGUGUCUCUAAUGGCUGAUAAACGUGCAAACAUCAAGACGACACCUCAGAACGAUUACAAUGGCACUCCGCCGCUGAUGGAAACAACGAUAAUGUUUUAUAUAUUCAUCGUCACCGUACCUGGCUCGAUUGCGAACGAGGCCAAGAGUCGUCCUUGGUCCUGCUAGGGCGAAUUCGCUCUACUUUCCUCCAAGGAGGAUGACUUUCCACAACAGCAGUGACGGAGUCAACGGCGAGGACGACCGUGUGCCACUCUGGCCAAAUGCCACGGCAAAGGUCCUCACGGCGUUGCUCACCACCCUGUCCUCGACUACACCCACACCCACCCAACAACUUCAUCCGGUGGGAGCACUUUGGUCGACCUCCACCCCCGCCAGCAGCCCGCCGGCCAUGGCCGGAACGCCAGACCUGGCCUGGUUGGCCCUGUUCAACUAUAGCUUCGUCACGGGCGCGCCACCUGGUGGCACUAACUUCACCGGCGUCGUUCACCCGUCCCAGAACGAUUCCCUGCCGUACGACCUGCUCGAACUGGACCGGUGCGAUCCGGGCAACGCACACUUUGAGUGUUCCGUGCAGGAUUUCCUGGAGUAUGCCCGGGGGCCCCAGCAGAUGCCGCUGUCGACCGCACUAUUGGUAACCAUCCUCUUCGUGGGCAUCCUCGUUACCGGCGUGAUUGGUAAUCUAAUCGUAUGUCUCGUCAUCAUCCGGCACCCGGCGAUGCACACCGCCACCAACUAUUACCUGUUCAGCCUGGCUGUAUCGGAUCUGAUUUUGCUGCUUCUUGGUCUCCCGUACGAGAUAAGUCUGUACUGGCACCAGUACCCGUACAGCCUGGGGCUCGCGUUCUGCAAGAUCCGGGCGCUGAUAUCGGAGGCGUCCACGUACGUGUCGGUGCUGACGAUAGUGGCGUUCUCGAUGGAGCGCUUCCUGGCCAUCUGCCACCCGCUGCAUCUGUACACGAUGUCCGGGCUGCAGCGGCCGGUCCGGAUCAUCGCCGGCCUGUGGAUCGUCAGUCUGCUCAGCGCAGUGCCUUUCGCCGUGUUUACCGACAUCGACUACAUCGAGUACCCGCCGACCAAGCAAGAAAUCCCGGACUCGGCAUUCUGCGCCAUGCUUCAGAUACCGGAGCGGAUUCCCCUGUGGGAGCUUUCCACGUGUCUGUUCUUCGCGGUACCGAUGGCCGUCAUGGUGGUCCUGUACGGCCGGAUGGGCAUGCAGAUCCGCUCCCGGACCCAGCGCACCCUCGAACUGGGUGUCCGGAACGGGUCCGUGAACGGUCCUUCGCGGGUGUCCCAGUCCCGCAAAGCCAUCAUUCGAAUGCUGGCUGCCGUUGUGAUAACCUUCUUCGUGUGCUGGGCGCCCUUCCACGCCCAGCGGCUGCUGUACUUGUACGGGCGGGACUGGCAGCACUUCAACACGGUCAACACGUGGCUGUUCUCCGUCGCCGGCUGGCUGUACUACGUGUCGUGCACCAUCAACCCCAUCCUGUACAACGUCAUGUCGCACCGGUACCGGGUGGCGUUCCGGGAGACGCUGUGCGGCCGGCGGAGGGGUUUCGGAACGGGCUUUGCCCGAGACCAGUCCAGCUUCCGGGAAACGACGGUGGACGUGAACGUGGGCUGCGAAAAUUCCAAACUGCUCCGAGCACGGUCCAUGAUGCAGUCCAAGCGUUACAAGGGUGCCCUGCACGCGACCAACAGUGUCCGCUACAGUGACAACUGCAUCCGGCGGAACUCACUGCAGCUCGGUCGCCUUCCGGGAAGCCGGCGGUCACUCUCCCCCAACCUGACCACCGACGUGGUGGUGAUGCUGGAAAACAACCUGUCCGGCCGGCCACGCUGCUUCACCACCACGUCCACGACGUCGACGCUGGCCGCGACCACCACCGAAAGCAGUCUCAAGGUGCCCCUGAUUAGCAUCAACGGUCCUAUUUCAACGGGAGUUGCUGGGUCCGAGACCACCACCACCACCACGAACGACGUCAACGGCAUCAACGGAGUCAACGUCAACAGUAUCAACCGAAGUAUUAGCAGGGAAAACAAUCACUCGACAGCUUCGACGCCGCUGGCCUCGUCCCAGGCCUCGUCCAACCUGUCCAUCGAUGAGCUUAACCAAACCACCGCCGCAAGUAAACAACACCAGCUGAGACUGCUCUCGGAGGAGGAGUCAUCGGCGUCCCAGACCGGGGAGGACAAUGCCAAUUGUCGACAUCAUCCCCAGCUGAAUCUUCAUCUUCAUCAUCACCAGCAGCAGCAGCUGCCGAGCAGCCAUCAAUUAAUUAACGGUUAUGAUAGCGACGAUGAUGAUAAGAGGAGGAGGAGCAGUAGCAGUCCCACCCCCACAGUCGGAGACAUUCCGUGCCGGAACGGUCCGAAACGGGAGACCUGCAUUUAACAGCUGGCAUCACCACUUCGUGGUGGCGACAACGUCCGUUGGCGGUAAACCGCUAGAGCACAAAUAAGUGGUCCACCAAAAGCGGGUGGUACUGCUUUGUAACUAUAGCUAGCUGGGAAGAGAAAAUGAGAGAUCCAUUUGUUCAUUUGACCGCAGAAGUGAAUCGGAAAAGUUGGGAGAGCUUGUUUGGGCGACAAGCUUUCCCAGCGUUGGACAGGGUUGGUAUGGUACCGUAACACAUCUUAGAAGAAAUUGAGAUUUUCUGAAUCAACAAUUUUCCUUUUUUGCUAUAAAACUUGUUCUACAGAAAAUGCCUAUAACUCUGAAGAUAUUUUGAAUUCUGUUUCAAAAACAAUUAGAACUUGUUACUUUAAAAAUAAUUUAAGCUGUUCUUAGUCAACAUUGUCAAUACAAUACAACUCUUAUCUUAACAACCAGCGGUCUGAUUAAAGGAGGUAUCCGACUAUGACAAACAAACAAACAAACUCGCACUUUUUGACAGUUGGCUUGCUUUGUUUGUUUGCCUGCAUUUGUUUGCAAAAACUUCAGCCUGCAUACAUUUUUCUUUGUUUGCGAGUUUGCCGCAAACAAGUUUGCGAGUUUGGCAAACUGUCAAACACGAAAAAGUGCAAGUUUGUUUGAUUGUUUGUUUGACAUAGUCUAAUACACUGCCUCUCUUAUCGAGUAGGUCCCAUAUGUAAAAACAGCAAGCCGAGAAAAACGCUUGUCAAAUUUGUCCCACCCAUAAGGCUACGUGUUAGAAUUUCAAGAAAAAGUGAAUUUUCUCCUGUUUUCUAGAACAAAGUACUAAAUUUCCAAAAAAGUGUCCACGUGGUUUGUGGAUGGUCCCGAACUGGAAUUUUAGUUUGCUGUAUGUGCACACUGGGUUGGAAACUUUUUGCAGGCCUGAACCUGAACCUCUGGGACCAUGUAUGUCACUCAAAAAUCAGCUUAAAAUUGGUUGUGUUAAAAUUGAAAUAUCUUUUGACAAUCAAAACGGAUUUUCAAAGUUCACAAAGAGUUUUAAAGGUAAGAGAUUUCUCUACAAAUUUGUUAACAAUAAUACAUUUUAAGGAUCAAUCCACCUAGAAGGCCAUGUCAGUAAAAAAUCCAAACCAAAAAUUAAAAACCUUAAGAUUUUCAAAAACGCUAUUUUCAUUCUGAUUCAGGCCGGUAAAACACAACAUUCUACGUAUAAAACUCAGAUGAGGUAUCUCGGUUUAUAAUAUUUUGCUUCAGUCACGCCGUGUUGUGGCAUUGGGGAAUUGGUCUGGGGAAUUCGAGGAGGCAAAUGCUCGAAUCGAAAUGACCUCGGUUUUUUUUAUGAAAAAUUCUAAACAUUUUAUUCUAAUGUUUAUACACAUCUAAUUUUUGAUUUAUGUGUAAAUAUUUUCACAGUAUGAUUUGUUGAAAUAAUUGCCAGAUUUUCUAGAGAAUGGCUUAAACUGAACUAAAUCUUAUGCUUAAAGUACAAAACAUGCUAAAAAUAAUAGAAAACGAAAACACAAACAAAUUAAACGUUGAGACCAAAAACAGAGUUUUUCAAUAUCAAAAUUAAAAAAUCUGGGCCAGCACCUGUCAACCCUGCUUGUUUCUACCUGUACAUACCACUCUAUUAAAACGGACACUCGAUCUCUUUUCAAUAAACCCAGCUAAGUUUACCGCCGGACCCUUGCCAUCCUCACAAAACACCGAAUCUCCCAUUCUCGUUCGUAGCGAUUUUGGCCACUUUACUGUAAAAAGCUAAACAAACACACACACAAAAAGAGCGAGAGAGAAACGGCGAAAGAACUGAAAAUGGCUUCGCAGUGGUCCUUCGAAGAAAUUUCGCUUCUCCACCGCAAACCAUUUGCUAGAAUCUCGUUUUAAGAAGAAGAAAACAAAACGUAAGCGAGAGAGUAGUCUGCUACCCAAAUAGCGAUUAAUAUUAAUAUAUUUUUCCCACGUUUCGGGGAAAGCGAAUUGCAGCAUGUAUAGUUAGAAAACCCCACCCACCCUCGUGUGGUGGGCCAGCUUAAAAAAGCGCGUGCAAGCCAAAACAGAAAGAUACAAAAAUUGUGAACCAAAACUGAAGCAACACAAAUAUAAUAAUGCAAAGAAUUAGAUAAAAUGUUACCAUUUAAGAGGACCGUUUUAUAUGGAAGCUUUUCUUGGCUGUUGAAAAUAGAUUUAUGAUUAUUGUACGAAAA